UAUGCAUACCGAAGCGAAGGAAGCGAACGCACGAGACUAAGACAUUAACGACCUUCGUCUCUGUUUCCCACCGCCCAACCCAAAUAUAUUGACCGCUCCUCCGAGAAAAUAGGCAAGUUUCCUCCAACCCCCUCUCACAGGCUCAUCGAAGAACGCCUCGUCUCUCUCUUGGAGACAUGCAGAAGGCCGCAGCUGCUCCUCCAGAUCCAGGCUCAUGUCGUCGUCCAUGGCCUCCACCAUAACCCCUUCCUUGCCCCCCGAGUUGUCGCCGCCUCCUUCCGAUGUGGAAACCCCAAGCUCGCACGCCAGGCGUUCGACCAAAUUUCCCAGCCAAAGACCGUCCUCCACAACGUGAUGUUCAAAGGAUACAAUGGGGCCGGGCUUCACAGGGACACGAUGGCCUUGUUUCGCCGGAUGAGGAGGAGGGACGUGCGGCCGAACCGGUACACGUUCCCGCUCGUCAUCAAGUCCUGCACCGCGGUCCGUGCGACGGAGGAGGGCGAGCAAGCGCACGGCCUGGCGAUCAAGAGUGGGUUCGAAGGGAAUGACUUCGCGGUUCCCGCGUUGAUCGACAUGUAUUCGAGCGUGGGAGCGAUCGGCUGGGCGCGGAAGGUGUUCUCCUCGAUGCCAGCGAAGAACGUGGUCGCAUGGACCGCCAUCGUCGCGGCCUACCUCUCGAACGGUGAUCUCGGUUCCGCCAGAAGGCUCUUCGAUCAGAGCACGGACCGCGACGUGGUCCUCUGGAACACCAUCAUCUCGGGAUACACGAGGCGCGGGGACAUGGCCGCGGCCACGGAGCUCUUUGCUUCCAUGCCAGAUCGGGACGCCAUUGUUUGGAACAACAUCUUACUCGGUUACGCCGACGCCGGAGACCUCGACACCUGCGAGCGUAUCUUCAAGGAGAUGCCUGAAAGAAAUGUGUUCUCGUGGAACGGGCUCAUCGGAGGAUACGCUCACCACGCCCAGUACCACAAGGUCUUGGAGGUUUUCGACCGCAUUCUUCGGGCGCACGACGUCAAGCCGAACGAAGCCACUCUUGCGACUGUUCUGUCGGCGUGCUCGAAACUGGGGGCGCUCCACCGGGGAAGACGGAUUCAUGUUUACGCCAAGGCCAACGGGUUGAACACCAGUGUUUGCGUCAGCAAUGGACUCGUCGACAUGUACGCAAAGUGCGGCUGCAUCGACGACGCCGUGGACGUGUUCGAUGCCAUGCAGAGGAAGGACCUGGUAACUUGGAACUCCAUGAUCGCAGGGUUGGCGAUGCACGGACGAGGAGCGGAUGCACUGCAGCUGUUCCAUCAGAUGAAGCGCGUCGGGGAGAGACCGGACGGCAUCACAUUCGUCGGAGCACUGUCCGCCUGUGUGCACAUCGGCCUGGUCGAUGACGGGCUGAUGCACUUCUGGUCGAUGUCCGAGGACUACAAGCUUGUUCCAUGGAUGGAGCACUACGGGUGCAUGGUGGACCUUCUCAGCCGAGCAGGGCUGCUCACCGAGGCAGUGGAGUUCAUCAGGAGGAUGCCGGUGGAACCGGACUGCGUUAUCUGGAAUUCCCUGCUCGGUGCGUGCCAGGUUCACAGGGACGUCGCCGUGGCCGAGCUCGCCAUGGAUCGGCUGGCGAGGCUUGCGCCAGGAGAUGCUGCGAAUUACGUCGUGCUCUCGAACAUAUACGGAGCUGCGGGGAGAUGGAAGGAUGUUGCGAGGAUGAAGCGGAUUGCGAGGGAGCAGAGCACAGAGAAGACACCGGGAGGUAGCUCCAUCGAAGUGGACUCUGAAGUGGUCGAGUUCUUGUCGUCAGACACACGACAUUCGCAGACAUGGAAGAUCUACUGGGUGUUGGAAGGGUUGACAGAGCUGUCGAAGCUACAUGGGUUCGGGUUGGAAACAGAGCUUGAUGAGUUGGGUCAAGAAUAUGAAUGAGCUCAAUUCUCAUUUAAUUUUGCCAUCUAUCUUGGAAUAAUUAUCAUUUUGCCUAUAAUUAAAUGAAACAUUUUUUGUUAAAGUUUUUAUAAAGAUGUUGAGUGCCAAACAUUAA